CCUCCCAUGCCUGUCUGCAGAAGCAGUUUUGAAUUUAGGAGCGCCAAGAUGGCAGCGGCAAACCCUGGCGGCUCUCCGAUUAUGCAGGAUGAAAUUAUUCGGUCAGCAAGACACUUGCUGCAGUUGCUUACAUCAUCCAACCAAACUCCUGCUGUUGCUGCUGCGAUGAAUCAGAAUACAAGAGAACAGAGUCAAGGUGGCCAGGGUACCAGCUUGGUCAACCCUGAAAGACCAUCCCUUCAGCAAGAAAUGACCAGGUCUUUUCCUGGUAUUUUCUCAAGAGGAAAGGGGAAAAGGCGAUUCCCUGCUACAUCUCUGGUGCCUGCUAAGAAGCCUAAACCUUUUGAAGUGGAACUUAGCAAUGACCCUGUACCACUAAGCGAUGAGUCCUUCAGAUGCAUGCCAAAAGCAAAAUGCCAGAAGUGUGGCAUAGGUGUUCCACUGCAACUUCUGUCAGAACACCUAAAAUCCUGUCCUCCUUUGGAAACUCCCAGUGAAAGUACUGUGGUGAAUUUAGAUGGUGAUGAACCUACAGAAAAGGAAUCACCAUUGCAGCAGUGUCCUGUCUGCACAGAUAUGUUUCACUCUGACCUCAUUGAGCUGCAUGCCUCUUCAUGUGGAGAAAGUAGCUCACGAAAUGAAAAGGGGCAUGAAGAUACAAUAAUUGAGGAAGGGCUAGCAGAUAUGCCAGGACCAUCUGGAACUACUUGUGAAGUCAGGGAUGGCUGGUUAACUGUUUUGGACUCUUCAAAGGCCAUAUAUGAAUGUGCAAAGAAUGCUUUGGACAUGCAUGAAAUGGAGAGCCCAUUACGUCUCACAAUGGACAUCAGACAAAGUGUAGCUGAUCAGGACAUGGCCCUCAUCUCAUUCUACAAGAGACCCAAUGUUGAAUGGGCACGUCCCUUGGAGUGCAGGCUUGAGGGGGAUACAGCUAUCGGACAAGGAGUAAUACGUUUUUUCUUAUCAACAUGCAUGGAGAAGCUGAUGUCUGGUUUUUGCAUCAAUUUUGCAAACUCUAAUGUUACUCCACUUUUUGAGGGAGAGCCAGGCCAUUACAUACCAUCAGCAGCUCACUUUCUUGUGGAGAGUGAUAUGUUCCUUAUGGCAGGGAGGAUGGUAGGGCACUCCUUUCUUCAUGGAGGCCCAUGCCUAUCUGGACUUAGCCCAGCCGUUGUGCAUGUCCUACUUGGUGGUAGUCCUGAAACUGCCACCGUUACACCCGAGGACUGUCCAGAUCUAGACCUGAGAGGGACAAUUCAGCUUCUUGAAGGGCAAUCCAAGCUGUCGGAUGAAGAGAGAAAACGUGUUCAGGAUCUGGCAUAUGCAUGGGACCUCCCCCCCUUGACAGAGAACAGGAGAUGGCUGUUUGAGAAAUUAUUACUCCAUUCUGUCAUUGGAAGAGUGACGAGGUCGAUAAAACAGCUGAGAAGGGGACUUAAAGAAACCCAUAUGUGGACCCUGCUGACCCAGCGACCUGACACGGUGCCCUUACUCUUUCCACAAGAGUUGGCUGCUGUGAAUCCUGAGGUCCUUCUUCAGUGGAUCGUGUGGCCAGAAGAUGAAGAUGAUGACUGUCCUCUUCAAAAUAAAUGCCGAAUCACAGGCUACAUGAGGCAUAUUAUUCUAAAUGCAACACCAAGUGAGCUGACAAAUGUCCUAAAAUUCUGGACUGGAUGGGAGAUUGUGCCAAAAAGUCUCACAGUGGAGCUAGUGGAUGGCAGACAUCCAACUGCUGCCACCUGCUAUGAGACCUUGCGCAUUCCAUACCACUACAAGGACUAUUUAACUUUUAAGGAAGACCUCAUUGCCUGCUCUGAAACCUGCCACUCAGGGUUUGGACUCAUUUGAGUCAUUCCCAUAAUGCAAGGUAGUGGUGUACAAGUCUCUGUUUAAGAUUUGGAAUAUAAAUGUUCAC